AUGUCAGGAAACAACUCGUCUAAUAAACAUACAUCUACCAUUAACAUUAAACAUGUUGUACCCCUUGUUCUUUACCUGGAGCAGAUGAACUAUGACAUAUGGAGAGAGCUUUUUGAGAUUCAUUGCAUAGGAUAUGGGGUAGACGAUCAUCUCCGCCCUCCUGUUGAACCAAUCAAAGCAUCAUCAGAAAAGGAAACACUAGAGUCAACAUCGGCUAAGGAUGCAUGGCUUCAGAUGGAUUCAAUCAUCAAAUCUUGGCUCUAUGGUACUCUCUCUAUCUCUCUCUUGAACAUGAUUUUUAAGAAACAAGCAACAGCCCUUGAGAUCUGGGAAAGCCUCGAGAAAGUUUUUCAUGACAACAAGACUUCAAAGAUCAUCCAAAUUGACAGGGAGCUUCGUAACAUCUCAAUUCGAAACUCGACAAUCACUGAAUAUUGUAACAAGAUCAAGUCACUUGUUGAUCGUCUUGAACACAUGGGUUCUAAAGUUCCAGAAAUUAAUCUAGUUGCCUAUAUGCUGAACGGGCUCACUUCAAAAUAUCGACAUGUGGUAAUAAACAUAAGACAUCAUGAUCCACCGUUGUCCUUUUGGGAUGCUCGUUCUAUCUUGGUUCUUGAAGAACAGGAGAUGAUACAAGAAGAAAAGAAAGAGGUCUCUCUCACUCAUAUGGAUCAUGCUUCAUCUCAAAUUGCCCUAAACAUUGAGACCUCAAACCACACUUCUAAUCACCGUGGUGGCUUCCGUGGUGGACGAGGGGGUCGUAAUUAUCGAGGUGGCCGGGGUGGUGGUCGCAAUGGUGGUUGA